CGCGCUCGUCGGCGCCCUGUCGAGUCGAGCCCGCAUCUCGCCCGAUCGAGAGCGAGCGCAUCCGCGCGCCGGGGAGAGCUUUGCUUUCGGUGGUCUGUAACGACUCAACGACGACGGCAGGCGGUAGAUAAAGGCGCGCGAUGUGCGACGCGGCGCCGAGGUACAGGGGCGUGCGGAAGCGGCCGUGGGGCCGGUUCGCGGCGGAGAUCCGGGACCCGGCGAAGCGCGCGCGCGUCUGGCUCGGCACCUUCGACUCGGCCGAGGCCGCGGCGCGCGCCUACGACGUGGCCGCGCGGGCCCUGCGCGGCCCGCUCGCCAGGACCAACUUCCCCGCGCUCACCACCACCUCCCGCCGCCCCGCGCCCACGUGCAGCUCCGGCUCCACCGUCGAGUCCUCCAGCGGGCCCCGCGCCGGGGACCCCAGGGCCAGGGCGGCGCAUCGCGGCCGUGCUGCUGCGAAGCCGCGGCGGCCCCCACGGCAGGCGCCGCCGCCGCCCACCGACGCCGACUGCCACAGCGACUGCGCGUCGUCGGCCUCCGUCGUGGACGACGGCGACGACGCGUCCACGGUCCGGUCGCGCGCGCGCCCGUCGCUCGAUCUCAACCUCCCGGCGCCGCUCGACUUGGACGGUGGCCACGACCUCGGGUUCUGCACGGACCUGCGGCUCUGUCUCUGAGCGAUCGGAAUCGGAUCCACGGACGAGGCGGAUUCUGCUUUGACUUGUCGUGAGCUUGUAGCAGUAGUGCCAUGUACUACGCGAUACGAAUGGCAAUAGAAUUGGAUGAUGGUUCCUUUUC